CUUCCUACCACUCACUCUUCAUCCUGAAAGUCACGCUAUUUGAAAUAUCCACCUUUUUAUCCAGAAACUAUAACCAAUUUACAUUUUCUUUUACCGAAAAACAAACUAUUCCACCUAGUCAAUUACUAUCGCACUGCUGGUACCCUUUCGCAAUGAAACCAAAUAAAAAUCAACUGAGAAGGGCGCGCAAAAAGGCGCUUAAAAACCAGGAUAAUGAAAAAGUUUCUGAUCCAACUUCUUCGGCCACCCCCACAGGAACCUCUCCAGAAGACACCAGCGUAAAUUUGCUUCCCGAAGCACCGGAGCCGGAUGAUCCAUUGUGGGAAAUGUAUAAAGAUGUCGCUAUCAAAUUCAGUGAUCUUGGUGAAGAUGCGCAGCGGCCAAGAGAGACUGAGAAACCUGAGGUCUAUUUUGACGACGACAAUGAAAUACCGGAUGAAGAAGGACAGGAACCAAAACUUUCUAAAAAGAAAAGAAAGGAGUUGAACCAGCUCUCAGUUGCUGAGCUCAAAGCAAUGGUUCGGCGACCAGAAAUUGUUGAGUGGACAGAUACUUCAGCCCCCGACCCCCGACUUCUCGUUCAUAUUAAGGCCCAUCGCAAUGUUGUUCCUGUGCCGGCCCACUGGUCGCUAAAACGGGAAUAUCUGUCGUCAAAACGAGGAAUAGAAAAGCCACCAUUUUCGCUACCUCAAUUUAUACAGGAAACUGGCAUUUCAGAAAUGCGUGACGCCGCUUUGGAAAAGCAAGAACAAGCUACACUGAAGCAAAAACAAAGAGAGAGGGUCCAACCAAAAAUGGGAAAGCUGGACAUCGAUUACCAAAAAUUAUACGAAGCAUUCUUUCGUUUUCAAACGAAGCCUGAACUUACAAGAUAUGGCGAGGUUUACUACGAAGGGAAGGAAUACGAGACCAAUCUUAGACACCUACGGCCGGGCGAACUCAGCUCCGAACUCAAAGAUGCCCUCAACAUGCCUCCCGGGGCUCCUCCGCCUUGGUUAAUUAACCAACAACGUUACGGCCCCCCCCCCUCCUACCCUGCCCUUAAAAUUCCCGGCCUCAAUGCCCCUCCACCGUCUGGUGCCAUGUGGGGAUAUCAUCCAGGUGGCUACGGAAAGCCGCCAGUCGAUGAACACAAUCGGCCUCUUUACGGCGGUGAUAUAUUUGGGGUGUUACAGCCUCAGCAGACUUUGCAGCAGGGUGAACCCGUCGAAAGAGAUCUCUGGGGUGAACUGCAACCCUAUGACCAGUCCGACGAAGAAAGUGAGGAGGAGGAGGACGAAGUUGAUGAAGAUGAGAUCGAUGCAGGUAUACAGAGCCCCAGUGGGCUUGAGACACCAAGCGGGUUAGCAUCGGCCGUGCCCUCGGAAAUCAUCGGGGCAGAAGACGUUUCAGGGGAAUUCGAUGUGCGUAAGCAUCAUGGAGGCACGCAGACAGAGGAUUCAACGAACCAGAGAAACGCCUUCCAGGUCAUUCCGGAGAGACAGGCGAAUGUACAAGGCUUCUUCGGAGGAGAUAGAAUGUAUGACCUGAGUGCCCCGUCACGGAAUCUACCUGUACUUGGCGUGGAUGAACAAAACCGAAAGCGCAAGAAGCCCGGUGAUGUUGAUGUGGCCGUGGAUCCAGAGACAUUGGAAGCAAGCGGGAGAAUGAGCAAGGGCGAUGUCCAACAACUUUAUGACGGAAGCCGUGAGGAGAGCCACCACCAAUGGGAUUUUCAGGAGGAUCUUAGUGACAUGAUCGCUUUUGAAAACCGAAAGAGGCUAAGGAAAGAAGAAGAGAUUCGCCAGAAACGAUGAUUGUUGAUGCCAUGGAUUCUUUAGGAUUUGUUACCAGCGAUUUUCAAGUGUAUAUUAAUUUUGUCGGUUUCUCGGCAAGGUCUACAUGCCCUGCAGGCUACUUUCCCAUUUGUGCGGAUGAUUGAUAUUGUUUUGGAAAUAGCAUUCAAAACUGUCUCUUGGCACUGUUCUGUUUUAUUUCAAGGAUUUUGAACUAGCUCGGGG